GAAAUUUGGACACAACGCGCGAGAAGAAUAUCAUUAAAUACUAACAGAAACUAGCGCACAUUAGACGAGCUGCAAACUACAUACGGGUCUGCCGAGAUCAUUACUCACGUGAUCAUUUUUAUCCAAUCGGAGUCGCGUGUGAGCCGUUUUGAAAAUGUUUCAGGAAGUGCACGUUUGUUGAAAGGGUUUGUUUGAUCGAGCUGCACGAUGUCUACGUCGAAUUUUAAGAAUAAGUGUGUUGCUCAAGUGAACUGCAUUUACUGCGACAGUCUUCUGUGUACAAGAGGCAUGAAAGCUGUGCUUUUAGCAGAUACAGAAAUCGAGCUGUUCUCCACUGACAUGCCUCCAAACAGGACUGUCGAUUUUGUUGCAGGUUGCUAUUCGACAGAAAGCUGUAAAUGCAAAUUAAGAGACAUCGCCUGCCUGAAGUGUGGAAAUGUUGUGGGGUAUCAUGUAGUGGCUCCGUGCAAACCUUGCCUGCUCUCCUGUAAUAAUGGCCACUUCUGGAUGUUCAACAGUGAAGCUGUUUCCACCAUUAACAGACUGGAUGCAACAGGAGUGAAUCUGUUGCUGUGGGGAGAUCUACCGGAGUUGGAGGGAAGUGAGGAUGAGAGCACAGACAGCCUUUCAGAAGAGGAAUACAUCAGAUAGAAGGCCACAGAGGUACUAUAGACCCUCCACCACCCCCCUCUUUAAUGAACUACUUGCGAGACUCAAGAAUCUUCAUUUGCAGCACAUUCUGUUGUCAGCUUGGGGGGAAACACAGACACCACAAAAUGAUGAAGCUUUUGUCUUAUGAUUGCACCCUCGACAGCAGUCUGCUUUUGAGUAUAUUUUUGCUACAGCACCUAAUUUGACUAUAUCAUGUGUAAGGUACAAGCAUUUCAAGUCAUUUUCUUCUUGCCAAUUUCAUUAUAUAUGAUAAACUCCGAUAGCUAAAUGACAAUGCUAUGUUAAGUUAAAUGUGAAAAUAAGCAAAGUGGCCAAAUAAGCCUGUCAUGCAGUUGUUAAACUGCAGCAGUGUGCUAUAUUUAUUAAUUUAUUUCAUUGUUUAGGGACUAAACGACAUACUUGAAAUAUAACAAAUGUGA